UACAGUCUUUGCGCAGUCUAGAUUUUCCCUUCGACCCAUUCAACUCGUCUCCGUCGGUUCGCUUUUCAUUUUCUUGGAAAAUUUCCCAGUCCUGGUGAAAACGCUCAAACAGUGUGGUUUUCUGGAGAUACAUUUCCGAACUUCAAACGUUGGAGUUAUUCAAUUGAAUUCGGUGCAAUGUGAAACUAGAAAACUUUGAUCGCGGUUGAUUGGAUUUGAGUGAAAAUAUGUGAAAAAUGUGACAUACGAAGGAGCCGAAGCUAGUCAGUGAAGAAAAAUUUCACAUACCCAUAUAAUUUUAGAAUCGCUUCAAGCUCUGGCAGCAGAUACCGACUUUGCCGAGCGGCGAUAGAGUGAAAAAGAGUGCAAGACCCGAAAUAACAAGACAACCGCCGUAAUUUUUGGCGUACAUAUCUACGUACACAUUAUCCCAAGUCUGCUGAAACUCGGACGAAAGUUAUUCAAAAUGUGUAGAAUUAUCAGGAUGUUAACCAUUCACAGCGUUUCAUCACUUGUCCUAAGGAAACCAAUAAUGCAUAUUACCCCAAGUUCCCCUACUUUUUUUCCUGUGCUUCGACGAAUGCCACUGGCGAUGAUAGAUUUGUGAGGCUACUAGGAACAGCUGAAGAGGACCAGAAAUUUUGCUCCCGAAAAGCAUUACAGUAGGAAACCUGAUAUUCACACUGCAGGGAAAAUUGUUCCCGGUCCAAUUAUACCGUGAUCCGAAACAAGUGCUUCGCGUGUGCGCUUUUCGGGGUGCGGUGAUAAAUUCCACCAAGGAAAAUAAUCCAAAGCCGUGUUAAUGAUCGACUUUGGCGGCGGCGGCGUGGCGAUUCGCUAAGAAACAAGGAAACCGACACGGUGUUUAUUCAGCGAAAAUAUUAUUGUUCCGUUGGCGGUUCGGAUGGCUUUCAUUUGGUUGUGAAAAUUGAAUAGUGAUCGCAUCGAUGACGUCGUAGUGCGACCAGACGAGAAGAGAAAAAAAACGAAAACACAGAUCGAUUUGAAUUAGAAUUGGUAAUUGGCAGACGUGACGAAGAAAGCGAGUGAGUGAGUGACUUACAUUUGUGUGGGUGGGUUCUCGGAAAAUCGGUGAUCUGUGUAGUGGUGGAAAAUUCGUGGCCUCCUGCUGAACGGAUCUCAGCAGCAAUUGGUGGUGGAAAACAGAGCACGCCUAGGGACAGCUUGUAAACAGGAAUGCUUGCCGCACCUUCUCCAGAGUCAACGCUCCAGAUCUAGCAUAAUUCAACAUCGUCCUCAACAACAAAUGCCGCAACGAUGUCCGUCGCCAGCCGAAAAUCCAACGGGAACAUCCACAAGAUCCGGGAGUUCGAGCUGGACAAGGUCACCCUGUCGGAUGAGUUCGACAUCCUGCAGAUCGUCGGCGAGGGAUGGUUCGGCAAGAUCCUCCUGGUAGAGCACCGGGCCACCGACACCGAAAUGGUGCUCAAACUGCUACCCAAACCGUUCGUAUCGCUGACAGACUUCUACAAAGAAUUCCACUUUAGUUUACACCUGGGCGCCCACAAGAACAUCGUCACGACGUACGAUGUGGCGUUCGAGACGGCCGGAUUCUACGUAUUCACCCAGGAGUACGCCCCUCUGGGCGACUUGACAUCCAAUGUGUCGGACAGUGGGAUUGGCGAGCUGCAUACCAAACGGGUCGCCCGGCAGCUGGCCUCUGCCAUCGAUUAUAUGCAUCAAAAAGAACUCAUCCACCGAGACAUCAAACUGGACAACGUGCUGGUCUUCCGGUCGGAUUUUGCCCGCAUCAAGCUGUGCGACUUUGGCGAGUCGCGACGUGUCGGCGAGGAAGUGCUCCGACGCAAUGAAUGGCUUCCGUACAGUCCGCCGGAAGUGCUGACGGUGAAAACCGAUGAUAAAUACAAGACUGAUACUGCACACGACGUUUGGCAAUUUGGUAUUGUAUGUUUCGUAUGCCUGACGGGAUGUCUGCCAUGGCAAAAGGCUUCCGUGGAUGAUCCUAGGUUCUACAGGUUUCAACAGUGGCACCAAGCAACGCUCACAUUUCCAAUGAAACGCUGCCCGAAGCUGUUCAAGUUGCUGUCGGCGAGGGCGUGCAAAAUUUUCAAGAAAUUCCUCGAUCCCCGACCGGACCGGAGGUUGAAGACGCUGAGCGAUGUGCAGAAGUACUUGGAUGAUCGAUGGCUUGCCAAGAGUGCCGAAAAGGAAAUGGCCGAAAACGAACCGGACGAGUUAUGUCCUUCAAUGUAUUCUUUUCACAGUAGUGUCGAGGAGAAGAACCGACUCCUGUCGACGUUGGCUCAGUGCGGAAUCGAGACCACCGUGGAUCGAGUUGCAAAGAAGAACCGCAUUAGGGACUGGAUCCAGUCGUCGGUGAUCAUGGAAGAAGAGGAAGAGGACGAUUCCGGUUCUGCGACACCGACCUCAACGGCGUCUCGAACAGCCGUUCCUGGGCAUGUGUCUUCAGUGGCUGCUAUGGAGAAAGCAGAAAAGAAGAUCAAUUCCACGGUUAAGGAUGCAUCGCAAAAGCAUUUCGAUCCCCGAACUGGCACCGUUCAGAUGAGUCCCAGCGAAAUGGGCUCCAAGAGCAUCUACAAAGCCGAAAAUGGACGAAACGAUGGAAAUAAUAAUCAUAAAUCUAGCAAGAAACCAAUCAGUAAUGGAAAUCAGUUUAACUCAGCUAGGUUCUAUGACGAAACAGUGCCGAUCAAUCCACUCACUCCGAGUAACAGUGCAUCAACGACCCAUGGUCUCAUGAAAGCCUUGAAUUCGGUAGCAGCUAUCACAGUACCGGAGAUCAACGGACGAAACAAGGCUGCACCUUCCAAGUAUGAGGAAUGCGCUGUUCGAGACAGUGGCUACGGAGGAUCCAUCGAUAGUCGGCAGCGUGGAAUGAUCAAGCGAUCACCGGUUCUAUCCAAGCGAUCGGCCAUGAUCAAAUCAAACAACAAUACCCAUGAAGAGGACGAAGAACUAGAAGAAGAUGAUCGCGAGCUAUCCAAUGAUUUUGAAGAUCUGGAAAUGAAUCGAGGUUCUUACGAGGGGCUUAACGAAUCAAACGCUCGACACACAACCAAAGAUAGCCCAUACGAUAGGUUCUUUUUCCGAAGAAAGUAAAUCGGUGUGAUUUUCUAACUAGAAAUAAGAGGUUUUAACAGUUACUCGCGCGCACCAUUUGAAUGCACCUCGUUGAUUUUGUUUAUCACGAAACAAGAAGACAUUUUUAUAACUGUAGUGUUGUCGAGUUUUGUCGAAUUUGUCCGCACUGAAGAUGUUCUUUCGUAAAUUUAUUUGACUAUAAAAUAGGAUUUUUCACGAGCACUCUGUUCCACACAGACUUUGUACUGACUUAUUAAGCUAUGGUAGAUAGGCAUUAUACACACCGAUUAAGAUAAGCAGAAAACUUUGUUCGUUUUUGGGAAACAGAGAGGUAGAGGUGGUAGGUAGCGAAGCGAAAUCAUGGUCCACCAAAAAAUGGCAGGUGAAAUUGUAGAUAAGUACUGCGAUGACGGGAUUCCGAUAACGUCCGACGCAGAGGUUAUCUGUGUCAGGCUCCUUAUUACGACAAUUUUACUACGGCACUUAAUCCAAGUGAUGGCAAUAAAUCAACUGGACAGAACAGUAUAUCA